AUGAACGCACACACAAAAACAAUGAACGCCGUCCGCUUCUACGGCCAGCACGACAUCCGACUCGACCAAAUCCCAAUCCCUCCAAUCCAACCCGGCCAUGUCAAGAUCGCGCCCAAGUUCUGCGGCAUUUGCGGCUCCGACCUGCACGAGUACCUGGGCGGCGCCAAUCUGAUUCCCAAAGAAGGCUGUCCACACCCGAUCACCGGAGAGACGCUCCCACUGACGCUAGGCCACGAGUUCAGUGGGAUCGUAGAGGAGGUCGGCCACGGCGUCGACCACGUCAGGCCGGGCGACCGGGUGUGCGUGCAACCGACCAUCUACGACGGCAGCUGUCGGGCGUGCCGGCGCGGCCUGGUCAACUGCUGCGACAAGAACGGGUUCGUUGGCCUGAGUGGUUGGGGCGGCGGGCUGAGCGAACACAUGGUGGUGCCGGCGAGCUGCGUCAAGCCGUUGCCGGACAACAUCUCGCUCGAGGUCGGCGCCUUGAUCGAGCCAUUGGCCGUGGGCUGGCACGCCGUCGACAUCUCGCCGUACAAGAAGGGUGAUGCCGUGCUCGUGCUCGGCGGCGGGCCCAUCGGUCUCGCCGUCGUCCAAGCCCUGGUGGGCCGUGGCUGCGACAACAUCAUCGUCAGCGAGGUCAGUCGCAGGCGGAGAGAGUUUGCCACCCAGUUCGGUGCCCAUCAUGUCAUCGACCCGGUCAACGUCAAGACCGCCGGCGGCUUCGUCGCCGAGGUCGAGCGCUUGACCGGUGGCGAGGGCGCCGAUGUCGGUUUCGACGCCGCCGGGGUCCAGCCCGCUGUCGACACGGCCUUCCAGGCCAUCAAGGCCCGAGGCACCUUGGUCAACAUUGCCGUGUGGGAGAAGCGCGCCACCUUGAAUAUGAAUGAUGUCGUCUUUCGUGAGAGAGGCUAUAUGGGAGUAGCCACCUAUGCCCUCGGCGACUUUGAGGCCGUCAUCCAAGCCAUCUCGAGCGGUUCCAUGAACCCCCAAGGCAUGAUCACCAAGAAAAUCAAGCUCGACCAGGUCGCCGAGGAGGGAUUCAAGACUCUGAUCGACGACAAGGAGAACCAUGUCAAGAUCCUGGUCGAUGUUGGCGCGGGGAUAUGA